CCGGGCACGCCCGACUUUGCCUAACAUUUUCCUUUUCCAAAGAAAGACCAGAGAAGAAGAAGGCGUGACGACCGCUGAAUGUGCAAGGCCACGGCUGGUCUGGUCACUCGCCACUCCACGGCCUAACAAAUCUUAUAUAUUCGCUCUUCUGCCCUUCCCACUACUCCCCGUCGACUUGAUUCGCCGGCGCCGACGAGCAACCCCGACUUGACUCUGACCACACCACCACGCCAACACCUUUCCCUCACAACUCCACAGUCCACGCGCACACAAGCAAAGAAUCCUCUCCUAACACCGGCACCGGCAAAGCCAAGAUGAGCCGGCGCCACCUCGUCCUCCUCCCCUGCCUCCUCCUCCUCCUGGCCGCCGGCGUCGCGUCGGCGUCGAGCCCCCCGAAGGUGAGCCCGGCGGAGGCGACGGGCUUCGUGCGCCGGUGCUGCCGGGCCACGAGCUACCCGCGCGCGUGCGAGCGGAGCCUGGUGCCGCGCGCGCCCGCGGUGGGCCUCAGCCCGCGCCGGCUCGCGCAGGCGGCGCUCGCGGCCGCCGCCGACGCCGCGCGCAACUGCUCCGCCUACAUCGGCUCCCCCUCCUCCUCCUCCUACGCGUCGUCCAAGGGGAAGGGCAAGGGCGGCGGCGCCAUGGGGGACUGCGCGGAGACGGUGCGCGACGCGGCGGACCUGCUGAAGCAGUCGGCGGCGGAGCUGGGCGGGCGGGUGGGGCGCGCCUCGUCCCCGCGCUUCGCGUGGUGCCUCAGCAACGUGCAGACCUGGGCCAGCGCCGCGCUCACCGACGCCGAGACAUGCCUCGACUCCCUCGCCGCCUCCGCCGGCGCCGGCGCGCCCCGGGAGGAUGUGAGGCGCCGCGUCGUCGCCGUCGAGCAGGCCGCCGGCGUCGCCCUCGCGCUCGUCAACCGCCUCCAGCCCGCGCGCCGCCCCGCCGCCGCCGUCCACCAGUAGCCGGCCAGCUCACUCGCCGGCUCCCUCAUCCAUUCCCCUUCGCCGGCAGCCGCUGCCGCCGCAUAUGUAAUGUACGGAUCAAUUACUGCCGGUAAAACGAUUUCGUCACCAUCAUCAUCGAUUCAUCAUCGUUGAUCGCAUUGUUUUCUUUUGCCGCCGACGUGAAUGAUUAACGAAGUUGCCGGUUUCGUCGGCGCCUGGA